GAGAGAGACUUUAGACAACUUGUAUGAGAAAGGUACAGGACAAAGGUAGAGAAAUAUUUUAAAGGCUCCUUAAUGGCAACAUUGUCAGUUGAGUCACUUGGGAACUUCAAGGUGGCCAGGGAAAUGUAUCCUUGCCAUUUUCUCAGGUAGCAGAAAGAAAGAUCACUUGCAAUCAAUUAGUCAUAUUUAAACAUGAUUCAGUGACAUGCUUGCUCUUCAACACUUGGUAUAAAAUGGUUGUUUAGGAAAUGAUUAGUGAAAAAGACAAGGAAUGUGAUUACACUACAGCAAGCAAAUUACCCUCUACAGUUGGAACCUUCACAAGACAAAGAAAUGAUCAGGCUCAAUGUGAUAUUAAUUUUAUGGAUUUCAACAAUGAAUAUGUGGAGGUGUUACCCUAUCGUCCCUUCUAUGCCUCCUGCUAUAGACAUUUCUACAAAGUUAUUGCCUUGCUGCCAUUGGACAUCUGAAAACUUUUCCUCCUCCUCCUCCCAGAAAUCUGGGAAAUCUGAUUACUGUCUCCUCCUGUUGAAUAGCUGCCUAACCAAGAUGGAUAGAUUUGAAGAACUGGCAUUGUUAAAGCCUUUACUGGAGAAAUCAUAUAUUAAAAGGUCCUUUCGGAAUGGGGUUGGGUCAGGAAUGAAAAAAACCUCCUUUCGAAGAGCCAGGCUAUAAGCAAUUUUCAAAGGAGAUGCCCACAAAUCAAAACAUACAUGAUCUAGCCAAAUAUGUUUAAAAUUGUUUGCUGUACAUUUCUGAUGAUGAGUCGAACCAAUAGAGACAAAUGUAUUGGUGUGUUCAUAAUUUAAACAGAUGUUCAUUUGAAAUAGUAUAAGCCAAUGAAGCAAACGUGAUUGUUACGAACAGGUAUUUCUUUCAAAAUUAUAGCACCAUCACAUUUUGGGCAUUGAUAUAAAAUGGGUUUUUAGUUUAAUUCCAUCUGGUACAAAUAUUGUGUCUUAACACAAAAUGCACACAUUUUAACAUGUCCAUUUGGCAACAUCUUAGUAAUACAAAUGUGCUCAUUUUUGUUGUAAAGAAACAUUUCAGAAUUUUUUGUAUAUAUGAUUCCCAUUAACACAAUGUCUUAGUACAACCUCAUUCAUAGAAAGCACUGGUCAUUUAGACUAACUAGUUAAAUACAGCUGUAUUAAACAGAACAUUUGAAUCCAGAUAUUCAGUGAUUUUUAGAAAGCUGGGCUUUCCUAUAGUAGAAGUUUAUUUCCUAUUUUCAAAAAAUGUACAAUAGAUAUGAGUCUAUUUUUCUCUUUUGGUUUCAUUUUACAUUGCUUGUUUUUCGAAAAUAGACCUGAUAUGUGGUGCAUUUUUUAAAUUUAGUAGAUUUUGUCAACAAGAAAAGGUCAUUGACUGAAAUACAUUGUGUGACUUUUACCUUGUGGCUAUUUCCUUAGAAAAAUGAUGUAACAAACUACAUGUGCUGCCUUAAAGAUGUUCUGGAGGCAUUUGAUCAGGUGUUCCCAAACAUGAAGCAAAACAUUCAUCAUUGUAUGAAAUAGUUUCAAAAGUUUUAUUUUAAAACCAUAAAGAGUCAUACUUUAUUAGUAGAAAAUCAAUGUGGAUGCUGAACAAUGAAGUUGAUUUGUUUGAAGGGCAAUAACAGAAACAGUGUAAUCAAUCAAUGUUUUCGUACAAAUAAAAUUUAUGUACGUG